AUGGGACAAUCGAAUACCCAAACAGAGGAUAUUGCUACCGCUUUCAAUGGUAUAAAAAGUCAAUUGAACAGCAUAUUGAAAUCAAAUCAGUUAUUUCAUGAUUAUGCGUUAUUGAACGGGUUCUUGGCAUUUGCUCAUUCCAAAUUGAAUGCUGUGGUCCUCUCUUCCAUAGAUUCCCAAUAUUCUUUAUGUCAAUCUAGAAGUUCAUCUGUGGCCGAUGUCACUACCUUUGAUUACAGCGAUAUAUCUACAAUAUUAGAUUUUUCGUGGGAAAGUGUACACUAUCCAAUAUUCAAAUGGUUCCAGAUGUGGAGAAAUUACGUUCUUUUUGAGAAGGAGAACAAGAAACAGCAGACUAGAUAUAUUGACUUUAGAAAAAUGAACUCGAAAAUGUUGAAGUUUUUCAAGACAGUACAAAACUUUUAUGCUAACAUUAUCAACGCUGUUCAUAAAAGGUAUAAUGUAGUUGCACUUUUGCCGAGGAAGAUUAUUCAAGACUUAAUGUUAAGUGAUAUUGAUGGUGACAGUUCUGUAGUGAAAUCAUUCAACAGCGAUAGUCCGUUCGCACAUCUAAUCCUAACAAUUUUCCAUCGAUGUCUGUUAUUUUUAGGAACAGCGUAUCGUUAUAAAAGCCUCCUUGAAGAAAUUUCCAACAAAUACAGCAUAUCUAAUUUUAAGAAAUCAUUGGAUUAUUUUCGCUUAGCUUCGUUAACGUUGCCUAGCGCUGGUGAAACAUAUUCGCAAGCGGGAACGGUGUUCCUUCAGACAGGAAAUUUGGGGACUGCUGUAUUCAGUUUUGUCAAGGGUAUGAUGACGAAGAUGCCAAGUCCUGUGUCAAUUAAAAACUUCCGCGCGUUAAUGGUAGACAAUAAAAGUUCAUUAAAUCGUAGUUUGCAUACAACUAUUAUGAACACCUACUUGCAAGAAUCUAAAGGAGUGAAACCUCCUGCUAAAGAUAUUUUAGAGUUUUAUUACCUUGGCCUCUUUGGAUCUGUUUGGUCUCCUAGAAGUUGGAGGGAUGAUACGAAACCGAACCAGUUAAAUAACGGUAUUAAAUUAAAAUAUUUGGAGGACGUUCUUUAUGAAAUGAUGUCAACGAGAUACCUUAAACAUAUCCAGAUAAUCUUCAACAAUUUGAUCAUUACAAUUGGUGGGUUUCACUUAUUAUUGAAAAGACGUUCUGAUGUGGGUACAAAUACCUUAACGGAUUUACGUAGCAAUGAAUUGGAUUAUCUAAAUUUCGCAUUUAAAUUUAUUGGACAUAUUUUAAAUGAUAUCGUGAAGGAAUCAUGGAGCGAACACUCUGAAGUUCCUGAAAUAUUAGGUAUGGUAAGAAUUAUCAAUUGUUGGAUAAAAUCGAACCCUAUGGUUUUUCAAUAUGCUCAAAGUAACGUAGAGUUUGUUAAUGCCAUGGCGUACUUCAUGAACGAUGUCAUGAAAAAAAAAAAAAAUCUUUCUUCUAGUAUAACAGAACGCACGCCCAAAAGAACCUACUGGUUUGAAGAAGACUUGAUGGUGAAAGGUUUGUCGUUUAUCAAUUUUCAAUUAUCCGAUUUUAAUGAUUAUGAUGAAAUUUUUCAAAUGGACCGUAAUUUCGAUAGAUUAAUUGGGGAUCCACCGUCAUCCGACAAACAAUCAGUAUCAUCAGAAAUGCUGUUGAGACUACAAGGUGUGGUAAGAUUUAUUUACCAAUUAUUGAUGGAAAACAAAUGUGGUGUGGAAUGGUCAGAUAAUAAAUCACGUUAUAUCUUUACUAAGAAAAUCGGACUAAAAAAGACCAUUAAAACUGAUAUAAAGGCAUCGAAGCAAUCAAACGAGGUUAGGUUACAAAGAAAAAGUAAAUGUUUCACUACUAACUCAAUCUCUAUGGCACAUUUGGAGAGACAAAUGAGAAGCAGCUCUUUGAAUUCUUCUUCCCCAACCAUGGGUUAUAGUGGUUCAUCUGUACCUAUGGCACCGGAAACGUUCAACGUUAAGCCCAGCGGCAUAAUAACAGGAAAAAACAAGAUGAAUGUAGAAAUGUUUGAAAUUGAAGUAAGCGGCCAAAAAGUCGAUGACAUCACUACUGAUUUAUCGCCUGAUUACAGUAGCGCACCAACCUCCUCUUCGAAUUCCACAGGUUCAUCAUCCUUUGAUUUGAAUAGCAUUCUAUCUUCAGCGCAAAACAAGCCCUCGGAAAAUUCAUUUGCGCAAAAGCCAAACGAACAAAGGGUAGUUAAUGAUAUUCGCAAUCAGAUUCCAAAUUCAAUGCAAGAAAGUGUGUAUCCACCACGACAACUGUCGUCAAUAUCUUCAUUAAGCUCCGCGUAUCAAAAUUCCAUGAUGUCUUCACCAGCCUCAAUGGUAUCCUAUCCUUACAAUUUCUUAAACCAGCAAAGGCAAGGAGUUUUUCCACCUUUCAAUGUCCAAGAUUCACAAUGGCAACAGGAAGCACAUGCGCUAUAUUCAAGAAAUUUAACGAAUCCGGCGUGGGUGGGUGGUCAGCAUCAAACGCCGGCGCCUCCACCAGUCUAUGCACAUCCGCAACAGUCGAUAUUUCAACAACCCAUGCAGUUUCCUUAUGGCACACAGAACAGCACUGAAAGCAUUAAGGGAGAUGAUCCCAACAGUAUGUUUUAG